AAGCCACAGUCUUCAUAGUAUAUGGUAUAUACAUGUUUUCGAUAAACGCACAAUAACCGGCAUUUUCCCGAUCCCUGCCUCUCUUACAUCAUUGAAUGGUGUGGGGCUCGGCCCAGUUGCACUUAACGGGAAUGCCAAUGUCCGCUCCAGAGCUUCCAAUCAGGCCAUUUCGAAUUCCGAGCUGAGGCCAUUUGCCCGAAAAAAAGCUCGUCCGUGCAUACUCGCCUCGACCACCUCCCACAAAACAUCAACCGACGAGCUCCCAGGCCGCCAGCCGCUCCGGUUAUCCAAUUGGAACCAUCUCCACUCACCAAGUCUGCGUCGAGUUCGCUAGCCGACCGACGAGAUUUAUCAAUCGCCCAACAUGUCGCCCGUCCUCCGCAACGCCCUUGUGCGCGCCUCCCGGCAGUCGGCCACGACCGCCCUCGGCUACCGCGCCGCCUCGACGCACGCCAUCUCGAACCCGACGCUGGCCAACAUCGAGAAGAGGUGGGAGGGCAUGCCGAUGCAGGAGCAGGCCGAGCUGUGGAUGGCCCUGCGCGACCGGAUGAAGGAGAACUGGGCCGAAAUGACCGUCCAGGAGAAGAAGGCCGCCUACUGGGUGGCAUUCGGUCCCCACGGCCCUCGUGCCCUCGACCCCCCCGGCGAGGGCAAGAAGGUUGCCCUCUAUACCGCGGUCGGCGUCGCCGCCAGUCUCCUCCUCUUCGCCACUGUGCGAUCGUUCGCUAAGCCGCCACCGAGCACCAUGACCAAGGAGUGGCAGGAGGCGACAAACGAGUUCCUCAAGAACCAAAAGUCGGACCCAUUGACCGGUAUCGCAUCAGAAGGCUACUCGGGUAAAGGCGCCGUACAGUCGCCCUCGUCGAAGGCAUAAACCAGGGCCGCUUUCUUUUGUCAAUAGAUGGAACUUACUAUCCCGGGAAUCGCUCGCGUAUGGCGAGCUGGAGAAAGACGUUUGGGGUGACGGAGCAUGGGGGCUUACAGGGGCUGACACUGGAUGGUGUAAAUACUGUACAACGCGAUCAAUGCGACUUUCUUUCCUUGUUGCCCCCAGUUCAGAUUCUGGCAAGCUGUCCGAGCUUGCCGGCGUUCAAACUACCCAGUGCCGAUGUUCGCCAUGUCGGCCUGACCUCAACUGUUUGCCAGUUUCCUAUGC